AUCUACCGGGGAAGACAAUCGCAUACCGCGAAAGUAUCAAUUUGCCUGCUAUUUUAACAAAAAUCAACCCAGCCAUUCUUUUUAAAAGGAGCAUUCAAAGGUGAAGCGAAAAAAGAAAGUAAAUACAGAAGGAGUGAGUCCGAUGGAUUGAUUUCAGAGGGCACAAAACUUUUUUUGGCAUUGUAUUUUGUGGUGUAUGGAAAGCCCAGGUUUGGCUCUGGUUUUAUUUCUUUUUCUAAAUUUUAACAGUCCAGGUGGCGUUUUAUAGUUUCUUUCAUCUGUACCCUAAACGAUCCCAGAUAGUUCCGAUUGAGGGUUUCAAGCUUGCGCUCAUUGUAGAAAUAUCUGAAAGAUCUGCCUGAGUUGGAAUAAUUGUAUUUUCGGGUAAAUUUAGGGUGAAUUGCAGGGGAAUUGCGAUUUUUUUAACCCUAAUUGAGCGGGUAACUUAUUGGGAGGUGAAUGGAUAUUAGGGUUUAAUUAGGGUUUCACCGGGCUUGGGGUUUGAUUCUCUGGAGGUUGUUUGGUCUUUUCCAUGGAGAAGGGACGGGACAGACACGCCGACAACGAUAAGGGGCAGGACAGACAUAAUGUCAAUAACAGGAGUGAUAAGAAUAGUGAGAGUGACAGGAAUAAUGAAAAUGUGAAUAAUAAGGGACGGGAGAGGCACGAUGAGAAUGAGGAUGAUAAGGUGCGGGAGAGGCACAACGAGAAGGAAGAGGUAGAACCCUGGGAGAGUGUUUCUGCCAGUGAAGACGAGGAAGAAGAGUCAUCUGCUGGGGAAUUUGACGGCCAAGACAUGGUGAUGAUGCCUCAGGCCGAGGUGGAAGCUGAUGAAGGAUACAUUGUAUUGGAGUUUCCUCGCCGUGAGUUCAAUUCUGUGCUGGAAGGGAUCCAGAGGAUACCGUGGACUGUCUUUCCUCGACAUCUGAUCGAACUUAUCAAUUAUGCUUGUAAGGUUCUGAGUAUGGGUGUCGAGGUGCAUUCUGAUCUGCACAAGUUGCAGAUAUUGUACAGAGAGUUGAUCCCGGCCUCUUUUGAGAGAUGUCUUGAUGAUAAGGCACUUUGGAGAUGGAAUAAUGAUCUGCAGUUGCAGAUAUUUCAGGCGGCAGAGUGUUUGGUCGAAUUGGUGGUGGCUAAGCUCGGGCAAUUGCAGUUGCUGAGGUUUACCGAUAGUUAUGUAAUGGAUGAUCUGCUACCCCUUUUGCAGACUUUGUCAUUGGCAUUUGAUAAACAUUGCCAGUUUCAUAUCAAGCACAAAGAAAGCUCAACUCCUGCUAUGGCAAUUGAGAGGUGGAAGUAUGCAAAACCUCUUGCAGGAGCCCUUGUUAAGCAGAAGAAUGGGGAAUGGUUCUGUAUGCGAAGGAAAUGCCAGGUUACUGAAGCAGAGGAUUGUGACUGUGAGCGGUGUAAACCACCUAAUGUGUUCUGUGUGAUUGCACAUCUGAUGAAUCAUUUUGGUCAAUCUACGCAUGGAAACGGAUAUAAGCUGGCAGCUGCAGUUCUCUGUUCCCCACUCAAAUUAUUUCCUGCCAUUAUUGAAGCUCUUUUGCUUCCUCUUGCAAGGGCUGUUGAAUUUAUGACAGAUGAGGUAGCAGAUAUUCUUUUGGAACCUUGCGAUAUUGUGCUCAAACAUGUAGCCAAUUGUCUUGAUCGGGAUGUGGAUGCACUGAGUGACAGAACAAGGAGUGAUGCUUUUGGUACACUAUCUAUGAUCUUGAAACAUUUGCAGGUAAUAAUUUCUCGCUGCUUGUCUGGUGAAAAGGCUGAGAAUGUUGUCAGCAUGGUUCAAAGAAGAAUGGUUGAAAAGAUGCUAGGCUUUCAGUCCUUCAACAAACAACUCUGUGCAGUGCGAGAAAUCAAUAAGUUGUUAGAAAAUGCUCGUGCCAUUGCUUCCAGGGACAAUGGAAAGUCAAUUUCUACAGCUAUAGAGUGGUUAGAAAGAAAGAAUAUUCUUCGCCUCAUCUUAAGAUCCAAUCUACACCACAAGCAAUAUGUAGACCAGAUCCAAAAUAUCAUGAGGCUUCUCUUGUUGGAACAUCGUCUGUCGGAAGAGCACUUAGAUGCCAUUUGGGCUGCUACUGAGAAGCCAGAUCAAAUUGAAGCGGUUAAAACCAAUGUCUUUGACCUCAUUGCUGAUUUAGCUUGGUCAUUUUCAGAUGAACAAUUGGACAGUCUUUUUCGCAGGUUGAAGAAUGUACAGGGUCGGUCUGUAGGCGAUGUUGUUAAAAUUCUUGGUUUCUUGAAGAAGCUUGCACGAAGUGACAACAGAGGUAUCAUGGCAGAAAGAUUGCUUGAGUUACUUUGGAAUAUGAUGUACACAGAAGAGGCACUAGAUGAAGUGCUGGAGUCUGGAGCCUUUAUUGAAAUCCUUGGUCACUAUAUCUCAGUAGACCGUGCAAGUCAAGAUGUUUACAUCUUGCAGUGUCUUUCAAAGGUCAAGGUUGGAGAAUUUGUGAUUCCUUCACUCAGACUUUUACGGGAAAUCAUUUGUUUGGACAAUGAGAAACCUUUUUAUAGGGGUCAGGUUUCACGCCAGAUGCGUUUACAGCAGCUAAUUACAGACCACAACUUGAUUCAUCUGGUUGUCAACAGCCUUGUGGAAUAUAUUUCUGUGGCACGUGUGGUUUGUAGUAAAAAAACUCUCGAUUCUGAAGUGUCUAAUGAUCAUUUCACUCAUGAUGAAGAUAUUAAGGAGAGGCUCAGUUUUCUUCAGUUUGCAUUGCAGUCUGGAAAUGCUCUAUUGCCAUGGGAAUCUUCUGAAAUGCUAUGGAAAUGCCUAGUUGAAACACCAACAUAUUCUGCUGACAAAGAGAGUGGUUUACAAUGGUUUUCUGAAGUUUUGGAGAAACAUGCUUUAUCUGUUGAUUCAUUAGAGAAUUUGCUCACUAAAAAGAUCACUAAAGUCUGUCCAGUAUCUAUGUCACAAACAGCCUGGAGGUCUUUCCAACUAUUGUUUGUUCAAGUAAAUUUAAGCAAGAAGAAACUGAAACAAGUUCGACAUGAAGAUGUCGUUAUAAAUGAUCUGGAUCUUGUAGGGUUGCCAUAUUUGUGGCAGAUUGCUCUUCAGGCAAGAAAUGAAAAUAUUGUAGAAGAAAGUAUAAAUAUGUUGAGAGAUAUACAUACAUCCUUGGCAGAAAGUCUACAGCAGGAGUUGACUACCAUUCGUCAAAACUUUAUUGAUGAGUGUAUGGAGCAUCUUAUGCAUGCUAUGGCUACUGGGUCAACCUGGACACAUAUCAAGGAUGUGAAAGAUAAUUGUAUAUUGGGUGGCCAAAAACCCACUUCAGAUAUUUCUCCAACAUUAGAUAUGGCUAAAGAGGACAAGGCAUCAGAAAGAUAUGUAGAUCUUCAGGCUUCAGCGAGUAUAAAUAAAGAGGAAAUGCUUUCAACUGUACUGACAACUGGUUCUACAGAAGAUGCAAUGAAAUGCACACCAAAAAUGGAUCAAGUUGAACGUUGUCUGCGGCUUUUGAAGAUUUUUAUAGUUAAAUGUGAAGACAGUUUUGCAAGGACAGUUCCAGCCCAUGGUGCUUCUUUUAAAGGAAGGCCCUAUGUUGUGGUGGUAUAUGUUAGCACUGCAUCUGGCAAACAGUCAACGCGUUUUGAGAUCAUGGUUCAUUCUAAUGAAUGUCUGGGUUCACUUAGAGCAAAGGUUGCAAAGUUACUUGAAUGCAAACCUUCACGCAUUCGCCUCAUUUAUCAUGAUAGGGAGCUUACACAGGAUUCAUUGGUCCUUUGGCAUUGUGAUGUAACUGGUGAAAGUCCCAUAUGUGCUUCAGUUAAUGCAGUAGACCACAAUAUAAAAGUGAUGGAUGAACAGCAGCUACCGGGUAUUUUGAUUUCAAAGAACACACAGAUUUAUGACAUUCUCUUUGAGUUGGCAAACACUACUAAUAUUGGUGUUCGAGAAGGUGCAAAUGGCCUGCUAGCAUUGCUACCAACACAUCCUGUUCUGCUGGCAGAUUUUAAGGGCUUGCAUCAAAGAAAUAAAACUGAAGCUCAGGAGCUAUUACAAACACAAUUUGCUGCUAACUCACACCUUCUUUACACUUUACAGAUUCUAGAUGGUAUUGUCAUGCCUGUAACCCAUUCCUCCGAUGAACAUACACUUGAUUUCCGUAAAUGCUUUCUGAAAUAUGGAGGAUUACAAUACGUUUUGACUGUGUUUGAGCCUGGAAAGUUAGCUCCAGGAGUAGAUGAUCACACAAGGCGUGGUUGUUACUCUAGUGGUUUGAGGCUUUUGAAGAUUCUUCUUCUAGAAAAUAAGAUUGAAACUAGAGCUGGUGCGGAUGGCCAUCUUACUGGAUUUGUCAGGGCUGAAGCAAGUCAUGUCGUGAAAGAUAAUGUGUUUGAUUCACAAGGCGAGGUCAUGAUUACGGAAAAUGACAAUGUCAAUGUUUGUAGCGAUGCAGAGAAUUCAGAGGUUGAGAUCAUUGACAUGGCACAAGUUAUUCGAAUUUUAAAAUGGUUGGCAUGGGCUUCUGCACUCGGCAAACUUUCAGAGAUGGAAGCCAAUCCUGUCAAUAAUUUGCAUUUCAAAAACAGGCCUCAAAGUACCAACAAUAAGAUAGGUGGUGUGUGUAAAGAUGGGUUGGACCUAGAUGACCAAUAUGUGGCUGUUGAGGCCUUGGAACUUUUGGUGGCAUUGUUGUUGAGGGAUGAGAAUCCAAGAAAUUCAUUUUUCGUAACUCCAGAUACAAAGACUUUCAUUGUGGGCAUGCUGUUAUAUCCUUUAGAUGAAUAUCUUCGAUAUCGAGCAGCUAUGCUUUUCUUGAAGCUGGGUGCUUUUCAAAGUCAUUCAGGUGAUAAGAAAAGACCUUUGCGGCGAAAUAUAUUGGAUGCUUUAAUAGAAGCAAAGGAGGAAGCAAGUAAUCAUAAAAGAAGUUGCUUGCAUUUUUGGGAGCUUCUUGGGCAGCUUUUUUAUGGUAUCGAGGAUCCAGAAGAGCAUAAUCUUGCUCAAAAUCAACUUAAAGAGGAACUGCUUUGGCUUGAGACAGCACCUGCAGCUGUUGAUGAAGAGGACAAAUUGAUGGAGGGGCACUUGAUUCUGACCAGGGUACUUGUAGAAAUAUUGGAUUGCCGCAUUAUUGGCUCUUCAAAGGGUCCUUAUGGUCAAAGUUUAGUGCAUAAGCUUGUCAGCACUUUCCUAUUUCCAGAGUCUACAUUCCUAUGGCAUGAUGAGGCAACAAAUGGUAAUAACAGACCAACUGGAGUCCAAUUUGGAAUUCUAGGAACAUCUGGGGAUAACGAAAGAGUAUUGCAAUCAAAGUGUGGAACAAGAGGAAGCCGUGAUAAGGCAUUUGAUUUAUUAAUUUGUUUGGCAACUCAUUGUACAGAGAGCCUCCAUGAGCUUGUUGAGCUGCUGAUCAAAAUACAUUUUACAGAUGAAUUAGUUGAUUGGGAGCAACCGUCAUCGUAUGGUCAGAAGACGGUGGGAGGUUAUGUUGGGCUUAAAAAUGGUGGCGCAACAUGCUACAUGAACUCUGUUUUUCAGCAGCUUUUCAUGCAACCUGAAGUCCGUAAGACUGUUUUAGGUUGUAUUGAAUGUGCUGAUGCAGAGAAAAAGAAUUCUGUUCUUUUUCAAAUACAAGCCAUGUUUGGUGCUCUACUUGGCAGUAGUCUGGACCAUUACACUCCACAAGGUUUUUGGGGUGCUUUUCGCAACCCUGAUGGCAUGCCUAUAAAUAUACGGGAACAUCAAGAUGCAUUUGAGUUCUUCAAUCGCCUUUAUGAUGCCAUUGAUGAGACACUUAAAACAUAUCAUCCAGAGGCAACAUUGGCAAAAAUCUUUGGUGGCAUAUUUGCACAGCAGAUCAUCUGUCGGGGAUGUCCUCAUAAAAGUGAGAAAGAAGAAGCAUUUGCAGCUAUUAGUGUGGAUGUAAAGAAUAAGAAGAACUUGCUUGAAUCACUUGAAUCAUUUGUCCAAGGCGAUUUACUUGAGGGUGAGGAUGCAUAUCUCUGUGAGAAAUGUAACAAGAAGUUUGAUGCGUUAAAGCGGACAUGUGUAAAGUCCUUGCCAAAUACAUUAGUAAUCCACUUAAAGCGUUUUGACUUUGAUUAUGAGACCAUGCAACAAUUGAAGUUAAAGGACCGAUUUGAGUUUCCCAUUCACUUGGAUAUGAAACCAUACACUGUUGAAGGUCUUGCAUUACGAGAGUCUCAGAGUCAGGGAAUUGGCAAUUCUGAACGCUCAGCAGUUAAUGAAGGCAGUCAAGGAGACCUUAGUGAUUUAAGAUCAGAUUCAUAUUAUCAGUAUGAUCUUGUCGGUGUUGUUGUUCAUAGUGGAACUGCAUUUGCUGGACAUUACUACUCGUAUAUAAAGGAACGUCCUGGAGAUGGUCUUCUAAAUGGUCGGAAAGCAGGAACUGGAGGGUAUGUGGCUGAUGCAAAGUGGUGGAUGUCAUUUGAUGAUAAGCAAGUACAACCAUAUGAUCUAAAAAAUUUAGAAAGGGAUUGUUUUGGAGGAAAGUAUACUAUGGAUGUGUAUGAUAACUUCCUCAAAACAAAUGCUCCACAAGAAUAUGAUAAACCUAAUAGUGCAUAUAUGCUUCUGUAUGAAAGAAGUAGAUCUGAGGUAAAGUGUAUGUGUGCCCCCUUAGAUUCUCCUGCAGGGAGCAUUACUUCUGAUGGCGAUGGAGAUGCAUUAAUGAAAGAGAUGCAACAAAUGGGACCCUUAGAAAAGAGUACCUAUAUAGAGAUGCCACCAUCAAUUCAUUAUUGUGUAUGGAGGGAGAAUUUGAAAUUUGUACAUGAGAUGCAUCUAUUGGAUAAGGACUAUUUUCAGUUUCUUUUGAGACUAGUGGAAACCAAUAUUGACUUGAUAGAUAAAAGGAAUUGUACAAAGCAGCUAGUGAAUGGACAGCAUGGCACAAGAGCAGUUCUUAUGACAGAUGCUAUUCGAGAUGAAUUUACAAAAUUAAAUACAAUUUUGGCCACAAAAUUUUUAUUCACUGUAUAUAUGCACACCCAUCAGAAUCUGCGGGAUGAUCUAAACCAUUGGAAGGCUCUCUUGUUUAAGAUGUUUGAAUGCAGUCCUGUUGCCUCUAACAGUUAUAUUUCUACAAUGGUAAAACAACCAAAUUGGCUAUUUGAGUACCUUAUGAAGUGCCCAAUUGAGGAGAUUAAACAGGUGUUUGUCACUCUUCUAGUACAAGCAUUACGAUGUGCUGUCAAAUUUCUCCAUGAUCCACUUUAUCCAGAUUUUUGUGUGUCUUCGGGUUUUCAUAUAGAUGACUUGAUUGAUGUUCUGCUUGCGUUUCUUAAAGAUGGAGCAAUGCUAGAGUGUAAUCUUCACAAGUAUUUUGAAGUCAUAAUGGAGUAUGCUAGACUUGGGCCAGAUCAGCGCAAGCACUUGCUGCAAAAAAUGAUCUUUAGUCGUCUGAUUGGUUUCACAACAAAAGUGAAUCUUCAGGUUGCAAAGUCAGACAUCACAUAUUUGCAUUCAAUUGUAUCUCUAUUGUUGCGAAGUUGUGAUACAUCGGGUUUGAACAAUGAUGCCGAGCAGAGGAUGGUUCUUCCGAAUCCACUGCAGCUCCCAGGACAAACCAUUCCCUUACCUAAGGAUGCGGAAGAAGCAAUAUUUAAGCAUCGUGUGUAUACUAAUAUUCUGAUCGACACUUGUGCAGACCAAGAGGAAGCCAUCAAACUACUGAAAUUUUGUAGCUGGCAGAACCAGGCUUUCAGUGUGUGUUUGCUGCAGGAUAUAAUGGAGCUUGUCCACAGGUCUUUAGAUAAUGAAAUAAAUGAUCUCUUACAUCUGCUGAUGGAAUUACUCCUCCUGAAUGAUUCGUUGCAAUUGUCAAGGCAAGAGAUAACUCUUCUUGGCUUUGAGAACUUCCCUCUUGGAAUCAUGGACUUACUUACAACCCAAGACAGAAUGAGCUCACAAAAGCGUUAUACACUGAUCAAGUUUGUCGUAAAGCUAGUUGCUCAAUCUCCAGAUACACGUUUACUAUUACUUGGUAAGCAGGUGGAGUGGAUGCGAGUUGUUGAAUGGCUCCAAGAUCAGCUGCAAACCACUGGAGUCUCCCUUCCUAUAAGUGGUUCUAGGGUAUCCAGCGAAAAUCCAUCCCGGAGCCGUUUGCAGAGAACUAAUACAGCAGAUCAUACUCUUCUCCUUGCACGCAAGUUGUUCAACACAUCAGAGUCAUAAAUAGAUGCUCUUUGCUGUUCAUAGUGAGCGGUUCACAAAAUUUUUGAAUGAGAUCACUAAUAUUUUUUUGCUUAAUAUCUGUCCUCGUAUUACGAGGUGCACAAUUUUGAAGUUUCUGAUUUUUGAUGUUAAAAAUGGAAAUGAUUCCACCAGAGUUUGUUCUCAACUCAUCUCUGAGUGUAUCAUAUGGAAAACUUUGUAUAUUGGUAAUGUAGCCUUUGUAUAUAAUCAAAUGUAAAGUGUUUGACAGGCAAGAAAUUUAUAAUAGCUUUUGGGAUGAUGGUGAAAGUGUUUCACAGCCCAUCUAGCAAGUUCAUAUGUAUUGAGACCUGGGCAUUGAACCCAGAUUUUUCAUGAAAAGUGUUAUAUGUAUAUUUAAGCUUUUUUCCACUUA